AUGCCUCCCGUUCGCACAGCGCGCGCCUCGAAGAAGGCCCCACCAGAAGGCUUCGAGGACCUGGAAGACACGCUCCUCGAGUUCCAGAACAAAAUGAAGGACGCUGAGAACGCAUCGCACGAGGGCAAGAAGAAGUACGAGAUGACGUGGCCCGUCUUCCAGAUCACCCACCAGCGCUCACGAUACAUCUACGACCUGUACUACGAGAAGGAAGCCAUCAGCAAGCAACUGUACGACUGGCUGCUCAAGAACGGAUACGCAGACGCCAUGUUGAUCGCCAAGUGGAAAAAGCAGGGCUACGAGAAGCUGUGUUGCACGAGGUGCAUUCAGACGAAGGAGACUAACUUCAGGUCGACGUGCAUCUGUCGCGUGCCCAAAGAGCAGAUGAAGGAGAACCAGGACGUCCAGUGCGUCAACUGCGGCUGCAGAGGAUGUGCUUCGAGCGAUUGA